UAAACAUUUGAGUUUAAAAAUUCGGCUUUCUGUGGAAUUUACUUUACCAAGCCAACCCCCACUGCCCUUACUGGCCACACAGUGAGAGCAAGAGGUAGGAGCUGGGGCAUUGGGGUGACUGUUUGGGGCAAAAUCAGAGAACACUUACAGUGUGCAAGAAGAGGCAAGAAGGAAUGUUUUUGGAGGCAGUGAGUGGGAGUGUGGGUGAGAGAGGGAGACCUGUCUAUAAUCCCCAUCACCAAACACUCAUUCAGUUAUCAGAAAUAUUUCAGAGCCCUUGAGAUUAACGGCUGGUGCCCUGUAAACAAAGCCUUAUAUUGGGAAGACAGAGUUACUGGCAGGCUAGUGCACAGCAGGAGAAAACCAAGGUGGGCCCCUGUCCCUCACAGUCCCUGCCAUCCCAAAACAAAAUCCCAGGAUGGGCAACAGUCUGAAAGCCAUAGUUGCUUUUGUACCCUCCAACAAGUGCCAGAAGUACCUCCUAGAAGACCUAGAAGAGAUGCCAGUGGAUAAAAUGGUGGAUCUGAGUGGCAGGCAGCUGAGGCGGCUGCCUCUGCACAUUUGCUCUUUUCGGGAACUGGUUAAGCUGUACCUGAGCGACAACAACCUGAACCAUCUGCCCCCCGAGCUGGAGCAGCUGCAAAACCUGCAGAUAUUGGCACUGGACUUCAACAACUUCAAAGCGCUGCCCCUAGUUGUGUGCACACUGAGGCAGCUGUGCAUUCUCUACCUGGGCAACAACAAGCUCUGCAGCCUGCCCCUUGAGCUGCGGCUCCUGCAGAACCUCAAGACCCUCUGGAUCGAGUCCAACUGCCUGCAGUACCUGCCCGAGGUGGUGUGUGAGCUCAGCCUGCUGAAGACCCUGCACGCCGGCUCCAACGCACUGCGCACACUCCCUCCCCAGCUGCAGUGCCUGCAGGAGCUGCGCACCAUCUGGCUGUCAGGCAACCUGCUCUCUGAGUUUCCUCCUGUGCUCCUGAACAUGCCAUUUCUGGAGGUCAUCGACGUGGACCGCAAUUCCAUCCGGUUCUUCCCCAGCCUAGCUCACCUCCCUGGCCUGAAGCUGGUGAUCUAUGACCACAACCCCUGCAGGAACGCUCCCAAAGUGGCCAAAGGAGUGCGCAGGGUGGGGAGGUGGUCAGAGGAGACUCCUGAGCCCCGCAAGCGGUCCGGGGCAGUGAUAGAUAUCACGCUUGAGGAGAAACCCUUGCUACCUCCUGCCGCGAAGACCAAGCCAGAAGCCGAGCCCUGCUGAUGCUCAACUUCCCAUUCUGGCAAACGUGGCAGCGCACCCACACCACCGCCUGACCUCUACCUCUUCCUUGCGUGCUGGUGUCCAGGCACCACCACACCGCCCGGCUUGUCUUCAGGGGUAGGUACAGUGGCUUGGAGCUGUGUGACAGCAAAACUCUUGUACAGACAUGCUCUUUCGCACAGCACCCCUAGAGCAGACUUAUUCCUCCCUUUCCUCCUCCUCCCAUGAUGGGACCACUGAGUUCACAGUAGAGGUGAAGACUUACUUUAGAUGUUUUCCAUGGGUGGAUUGCACGGCGCAUGUAUGGACUUGCUGCUCUUCACCCAUGGGCUCAUUCUUCUCGCUUUCACCUUGCUGGUGUCUGAGCUCAGCUGGAAGCCACUGCUCAAGGUGAUCACUCCUGAGAGCCACAGCUCUAAAGCAACCCACAGCAUUUGUCUCAAAUGACUUAUCUGAAACGCAGCAACAGCUUGAAGAUUGCCAUGCCUGCCACAUGGGAAGUGGCAGUGGAGCCCUGGCUGCACUAUCAAGGAAACUGCACCGCACGUAGGUAACAGGGAGCUCUGCUCUUAUCAGUGCUGCCUUCUUUCUGCAAAAUUUGCAACUUUGUUACUGUCAAGCAGCAUUUCAGAUGAUGGUGAGGAAGGUAGAGGCUUUGCUGCUAGUUUUUGUAUCCAACAACACUGCCUGUAAGGGCAGCUGUACAGGACAAGUUUUCAUGCAGUAGCAAAGAAGGAAAUCAAAGUCUGACUAAAGCAGCAAAAUCAGAAGAGCAGCAAAGGUAAACUUGCAUGAAUAAAACCCAGGGCUAGGAGCUUGCCACUAUGGGUCUGCACAUAAUCUGAAGCUGAGGCAAACUUUACUCAGCUGAUUUCAGCCAGGUAUUUCUCCAGGUUGCAACUCUGACCAGUUUAGAUGCCCUUCAAACUGCACUGAACUAACUUUUCUUUAAAGGAAACUUUGCUUUAAUCUAGUAAUACAGAAAUCUGGCUCAAAAUGAAAUUUUAAACUUUUGAUUCUAUUGAAUUUAGUGAAAGACAGCUUUUGUAACGAGUGGAGAGCCCUUGGUGGUGCUCUCUUCAAGUUGAACUGCCUCACCAGUGCAGCCUGUAGAAGGGGCAGUUGACUUUCAAGAAAAGGUUUGAUUCCAUGCCAGUUUGUAACUGUUUAAUGUCAUCUGCAUGCCUGAAAAAUUAUUUGGAGAUAUACAGAUUCUGCUAGCACUUGCUGUCUUAUUAAAGAAAGUCCAAAUGUGGAU